UCUUCCUCCACCAAUGUUGUUUAAUGUGAGGGACCCGGGAUCCUGGAAGCUGGCGAGGUGAUGUGUUUCGGGCGGGGGGCGGCGGCGGCGCUCCUGCUGCUGCCGCCGUCUCUGGAACCGCUGGAGAAAGACGACGAGGAAGAAGCGGCGGCGGCGGCGGCGGCGGCGGCGGCUGGGAUCGAGGAUAGCUGCUGCCCGGCGGGCCCGGGCUUGGCGGCGACGGAUGCCGCGGAGGAACGUGCGGCUGGCUGGUGUAGCUGCUCUUUUCUGGAAGACGGCUGCUUUCAGGAAGACGGUUGGAACCACCGAUCGCGGAGGCCGAGCCACAGAGGCGGCGAGGAUCCGGAGAAGUCACGGCAGCCCUGAAAUGUAUUCCCCUCUUCCUCCCCUUCAGCGGCCAUGUUAACCACCAGGAAACCGUCUGCCAGUGUUGCUGGUGCUGGUGCCGGAGGAGCCGGUGGGGCCGCCUCGGCCGCCGCUUGCCCUGCCGGGAGCAGGGGAGGAGGAGAAAGUGCCCGCCCGUUCCAGUCUUCCCCGGGAAUCGGGGCCGGAGGGACUUCCCGGACGGGCGCUGGGACCGGACCGCCGUCCCCCAUCGCUCUGCCGCCGCUGAAGCCCAGCAGCGCAGCCCACACGGUUGGUGGAAAUAAGCACACCAUGAAUGAGCAUCUACAUGUUACCAGCCAUGGGCAGAUCCAAGUUCAGCAGCUCUUUGAAGAUAAUAGUAACAAAAGGACAGUUCUGUCCACACAACCAAAUGGUCUUGCAACAAUAGCAAAAUCAGGACUGCCAGUGGCGCAAGAUAGACAGCUUGAUAGCUGUCAUAGGCGUCAGGGAAGCUCCACCUCCUUGAAAUCUACCGAAGGGCCAGGAAAGAUAAAAGCUACUCCCAUGACUCCUGAGCAAGCAAUGAAGCAAUACAUGCAAAAGCUAACAGCCUUUGAGCAUCAUGAGAUCUUCAGUUACCCUGAAAUAUAUUUCUUGGGUCCAAAUGCAAAGAAGAAGCAAGGUGUCAUUAGUGGUCCAAACAAUUGUGGAUAUGAUGAUGACCAGGGAUCUUAUGUGCAAGUACCCCAUGAUCAUAUAUCAUAUAGAUACGAGGUUCUUAAGGUUAUAGGAAAAGGAAGUUUUGGACAAGUGGUAAAGGCAUAUGAUCACAAGAUGCAUCAACAUGUUGCUCUGAAGAUGGUGAGAAAUGAGAAGCGUUUUCACCGCCAAGCUGCAGAAGAGAUUAAAAUUCUGGAGCACCUUAAAAAACAGGAUAAGGAUAAUAACAUGAAUGUUAUACACAUGCUGGAGAACUUCACAUUCCGCAACCAUAUAUGUAUGACAUUUGAGUUGCUGAGCAUGAACCUUUAUGAGCUCAUCAAGAAAAAUAAAUUUCAGGGCUUUAGCCUGCCUUUGGUUCGUAAGUUUGCCCACUCCAUUUUGCAGUGCUUGGAUGCUUUGCACAAAAACAGAAUAAUCCACUGUGACCUUAAACCAGAAAACAUUCUGUUAAAACAACAGGGUAGGAGUGGUAUUAAAGUGAUUGAUUUUGGCUCUAGUUGUUAUGAGCACCAGCGCGUCUACACGUACAUCCAGUCACGUUUUUACCGUGCUCCUGAAGUCAUCCUUGGUGCUCGAUAUGGGAUGCCAAUAGACAUGUGGAGCCUGGGCUGCAUUCUCGCUGAGCUCUUAACAGGAUAUCCUCUCUUGCCAGGAGAAGAUGAAGGGGAUCAGCUGGCUUGUAUGAUAGAACUCUUGGGCAUGCCUUCCCAGAAACUACUGGAUUCAUCAAAAAGAGCAAAAAAUUUUGUGAGCUCUAAGGGUUACCCCCGAUAUUGUUCCAUUACUACCUUGUCGGAUGGUUCUGUUGUGCUUAAUGGUGGCCGCUCCAGGCGGGGCAAAUUGCGUGGCCCCCCAGAGAGCAGAGAAUGGGCAAGUGCGUUGAAAGGAUGUGAUGAUCCACUCUUCCUUGACUUCUUGAAACAGUGUUUAGAGUGGGAUCCAAUGCUGCGCAUGACACCCAGUCAGGCUUUACGGCAUCCCUGGCUCAGGAGACGUUUGCCAAAGCCUCCAACUGGGGAAAAGACAUCAGCAAAAAGAAUAACAGAAAGCACUGGUGCUAUCACAUCCAUUUCCAAGUUACCUCCAACUUCAAACUCAGCUUCAAAGCUGAGGACUAAUCUGGCACAGAUGACGGAUGCCAAUGGGAAUAUUCAGCAAAGAACAGUGUUGCCAAAACUUGUUAGCUGAGGUUUGAAUAAUCCAAUGCUGAUUAAAAGGGGAAGAGAGAGAGAGAGAGCAAUUAUGUCACUGAGCCUUAUUCACAUGAAAAAGCUCAGAUUUCUAUUUUUAUUUGAUCAGUAACUUUAAACAUUUGUAUUUUUUCAUUGAUUACUUUAAAUGUGUUAAGCACAGUUUUGAUUUUAUAAAAACAACAUGGGGACAAUGCUUUAAGUUUUUACACUUUUUUAAAUGAAAUGUUUCUCUUGUUGACAACAGUUAGCCUUAUCAUGGAAUUAGUAUGGCACAAUGAUGUGUCAGUGGCAGGCCACUGGUUACUAUCUAAGCAUAACAUUUUUGGCUAGGUGAGGAAAGGAAGAGUGAAUGCCUUUUCCCCAUCAUGGCUUUUCUUUGGAGUGAAUUUUGCUACUUUCUUAUCAUUGCUUUUGUUAGAGCAGUAGGUUCCAUUCCUGUAAGCAUUUAUCCAUAUUUUCAUGCGAUGAUCUAGAAAAUAUUCAGGGGUAUAAGUGAGGUUUUGCAUGGCUGUUUGUAGUUCUGUCCAUAGUAUGGAUAAUUAACAGAAUGCCACACAAUAAUUGAAAUAUUCUACUACAGCAUCCAUAAAGGGCUUACUUCAUGCUCACACAACCCCUUUGGCAGUUCUCUAUCAAAUAUCCAGUAAGUAAAAUAUUGGAAUUAGAGGAAAAUUUUCUAAAGGGUGCAAUACUUAGAUUAAAAAAAAAAAGUCAAAGCUGAGAUUAUUCUACUAUUUGGCCAAUGUAAGAUGAAGCAUUUAUAGCAUGAAAAUUGUGCAAUUUGGCAUAUUUAUGAACCUCAGAGAACAGUCCUGUAUCUGUUUACUUGAAAGCAAUUUCCACUCCUUUAAUGGAAAUAGAGGCCAAGAGCUUAAAUACCUUAGACUACAACUCAGCUCAAGAAGUUCCCCUGAAUUAAGUUAGGCUUAUUCCUGAAUAGACAAGCACAGAGACUAUUGCAGGGUGCUUGAGUCACAGUUGGCAGCACAGACGAAAGGGAGCAACCACAUGAGAAGGAAAAAUCAGAAGGACAGAAGGGUACCCCUCGCAUCUCUCUGUCUCCAAGAAAGCAUAUUGGGAAGCACCAAUAAGCUCCUCUGAAGAAGUUGGUAAUGUGCUCUAAGUACACUUUUCCAGUAGGAACAUUUGGAUUUGUCAGAACAAAUUGUGUGGUUCUCACAACACAGCAGCCAUUGUGACUCUGGGACUCACAAAAUGUCAAUGCAAAUGAAAAGUCAAACUUAGGGGGGUAUAUUAUCUAUCCCCCCAUCCCUGCAAGAUGCUUCCUAUCACUUUUGUUGACCUUUGCCUUUCCUCCUCCUCUCCUGUGUGGAUGACCCCAGUUCCAAGUCAAGCACUGGAUUUCAAUUCCCUGUUCAUUUUUGUUUUAUUAAAAAAAAAUCCUAUGGGGCUAUAAAAACUGAGAGACAUUCUUGUAAAGAAAGAUAAUUCUAGAGACCACCACUUUACAGCAUGCUAGUUUCCUAACAUUGUUCCCUUCAGAUGUAUCAGUGGCCAUACUGGCUGAGAAUUCUAGGAGCUGUAGGCCAAUAUGUCCAGAGAGCUCAGGUUGGGGAUAACUGAUCUAUCAUUUAUCCACAAUUACUAUCAAUUAACUUACACGAAUUCAUACAUAUUACAUGAAUACAUAAAGCCUUGUCUUAAUUUCACUCAUUCCAAUACUGAAAAUAUUUCAUAGGGAUGACUUUGGUGUUCCUCAAAUUUCCCAUUUUUUUAAUUGGAAAAAAAAAAAAACAGGAAAAACCAAAGGGAAAACAUCCUGAAUUUUACAUCCUCCUACAUUUCUGAAAAGUUGUCUCUCCUGGGAUGAUAAAGUCACACUGUUUUUGAAUGUGGUUCCAACCCUGCCAAGCUAACCUGCCAUCUGAUAGUCACGUAGCUUUGCCUCUGCUCUUGCUUUUUGGUCUACCGAUACAAGCAGCAAAGAUGCUGUGACAAAACUGUCCCUUCCCCUCCCACCAGACUCUGUAACUGGAAGCUCCAAAAUUAAACAAAGCAGUUCUGUUCUUAAGGCUUUGAAUACUAAGCUGCAUCAAAUAAAGGACAAAGUUAAUUACUCGCUGUAAACUGAAAUCUUGUGUUGACCUAUAUCUAUGCUUAAUUUUAUCCUGUUCCAUACUUAAAACUGAAGUUCAGACAUGAAGGGGUGGAAAGGCAACUUUGAUUUUGCUUCAGAAACAAUGCAGACCAACUAGAUGAUUUCUUGCCAAGACUGAACUAACACAUAAUGUAUUGGCCUGUGUUCAUGAUAUCAUUCACCUCCAAUAAUAUCCCUGGACUUGGCUUGCAACUGAUGCAGGCCAAUAAAUGUGUGUUUGUGUGUUCCCAGAGUCCAUAAAUUUUCCCUGUGUAUACAAAAACCAGUUUCCCACAAACCUACUCCAAAUGGAAAGUGAGGAAAGGACAGAGAGAAUUUGGUAUGAUUUCGAAAUACAAGCUCAUGCAAAGCAAUACAGUUGAUGCUGGACUUUAAAAAUGCAAACAUAUGACAUUCAUAUUUGGGGUCAUUUGUUCUCUCCUACUUUCUUCCUAUCAUUUGCACCUGAAACUAUUUUGUGGUCUUUGCUUCUGGAAUAAAUAUUGUCUGGAGCAGUGUUUCUCAACCUCAGCAUCUCAAUUGUGAGAUGUGUGGACUUCAACUCCCAGAAUUCCCCAGCCAGCAUGGCUGUCUGGGGAAUUCUGGGAGUUGAAGUCUACACAUCUCAAAAUUGCUGAGGUUGAGAAACACUGGUCUGGAAUAAAGCUGUAUCUUUCAGACGUGUACAAAAUUCCAUACAUUUCUCUGGGAAAAUGGGGCAACUUCCCCAAAAUGUAUACAGCAGUGUUCUGUCUUCACUCAUAUAGUAUCACCAUUACUUCAAUAUUUCAAGUAUUAUUUUACUGGAAACACCAGGGCCAUCUCAUUGUUUCCUGCAAAAUUGUAUUAUGUAGUCUUGUCAUCAGCAUCUGGACUUAUUAAUCGCAUAGUGAAGAUGAUGUCUGAGACAUUCUGUUAAUGAAAUUGCCUCUGUUUUCUUCAAAUUAUUCCUUCAGAGAGACCAUGCAGUUUUUUCAAAGUUCUUUUUCUAACUGCUGAGUGGUAAAACAAGAUUUUAUGUCUUUAUGUUUGUAGAGCAAAUGAAGAACUGAGAGAACAUUAAAAGUGAAGUGAAAGUAGUAUUUCUUUCUGAUUUACAUAUUUACUCUUUUUAAAAAGCUUGCAUGGAGAGAAAAUCAAAAUGUAAUUGCAAUAUCAAGAUGUUCUUUACCAUGAUUGUUAAAAAAAAUAGAUUUUAUGCAGAGCAAGGGAUACAAACUUUCAGGAGCAGGCUGCCCUUGGUUUCUGAGUGGAACACUAAGGGCCACAUUCCAAAAAGUGUUUGAGACAAGGAAAAUACAGUAAAUGUAUAUAUUACUAAUGUAAUAUAAAACUACUUAAAUUACUAGAUUUACUCCCUUCCUCAGUAUUUUUAUUAAAUUCAUUUUAAUUCAGUAUAGAGUAUCCAAUUUCACAAUUAAAUACCAAGUAUGAACAUUGAUUCUAAAGUAUAGAAAUAAAUUAUUGUAUACAAAAUUCUUUUUAUAUAAUCACGCAUGCAUUUAUAUGUACAACCACGUAUGCAUCCCAAGCAAAAGGAUUUUCUCACACUGCCUAGCAAACUGUUUAUAGAUCUCUGUUUUCUCAUAGUGGAAUACCAGGAAUUUGCAAUUACCGCUGGAAACUGUAAGGGGAAUGGGAAUCCUAACCUGAUCUCUUGCCCAAUAAUCCUGGCCCCUUAUAGAAUAUGAAUUUACAAGGGGCUGAUUCAAGCUGAAAUUGCCCUUUGUUAGGCUGACGUAGAUGUCAGAAGCCUUUAUACUGGUGGAUGCUCUGUUUCCAAAGUCAAAUCAGAAGGAAGUGAGAUGGAUGAAGACAGUACGAAUGACUAAAAGAAACCAUACCCUUCUCACUCACCCCAUCUUCUCAUUUUCCUGGCCAUUACCUAUCUACUCUCUACUGUAGAAGAAAACAGGAAAACACAUCCAAGACAAGCACCAAAAAAACAAAAAUAGAGGGGAAGAAGGGGCAUGAGAAGUGAGAAGGAGGGUGGCAUGCCAGUGGUAGUUUGUGAGGACACAGACAGUCCACCAAUGGUCUUCAGGGUAUGAAAUCUCACAAAUUGUCUAGGAGUUGAGUUGGUUUAUUACUGACUCAGCUGUGGUAUAUGACUAAUUACCACAAAGCUGGACUUUUCACUUGAAGCACAGCAACUGCAGAGCUUCUGAGUGGUUCAUUCUUCCAUGGGUGGAAACUCUUGUCUCACUCCUGACUCCACCUCUCCCUCCCCAGGAUUCAGCUGGUGCAACACUGUUCUCAGCAAUUCAGUCUGGGGGAAGUGACUACCAGACUGAGAUUUCCCACCAGGGAGGAACAGAAUAAGAUUCAGGAAAGAUGUAAACUUCCUUUUCAAUAUAGUUUUUCAAGGGAAACAAAUGUUACUAAAACUGAAGUUACAUAUGGAUUGGUAAUAUUUGAGGAGGGUUGAAAGGAUUGGUGAUGCUAGCAUAAUGACAACCUUCAUUAAGGUGCAGAAAACUUCAAUAAAAGUUACAAUUUAUUGUUAUGCACAAAUCUUAUAAUAAUUAUAAAAAUGUUUAAUUACUUAAAGCAUGGUCCCCAGGGAGUCUAAAAGUUUCUGGUCAGUUUAUUUUCUUUUUAUGCAGAUUUUUCAUUCAAAACAAAGAAACAAAAGCAACAUGUUUUAGUGAGCUUUUAUGGAAAUAGGCAUAAAUAAAAAAUGAUGAAUUCUCAGGAUAUAAACAAAAACCUACUUGCCAAAAAUAUAUUGGGCUAAGGGGUACCUAAAGAGGCCCUUUUCUUGCUAUUAGUAAUUUUGGCUGAAAAGGUGAAAGGUGAAAGGUCCCCUUUGCAAGCACUGAGUCAUGUCUGACCCUUUGAGGGGAUGCCGCUUUCGCGAUGUUUUCUUGGCAGACUAGAGCAGGGUGGUUUGCCAUUGCCUUCCCCAGUCAUCACCUAAGGUAUGUUAAUUAAUCUUUAACAACUUCAGUGAUCACCUAACAUUUGAUCUCCCUUUUGUGUAAGUGCAGCUCCUAGUGUGUGGCUAUGCAACGUGUGUGUAUUAGUAAAAGUGACAUAGGGUAAUUCAUGAUACAUCAUACGAUUCGUUGCAUACCAUGGCUCUAACAGUAAUCUCCACUGGCCCACCAGAGCUGAGAUUGAAUUCCUAAAUGUGCACCUACCCAUUCACUUAAAAACCAAGGCAGUUCCCUGAUGAAAAUGUUAUACAUAGAGAACUGCAUCCUGAAAUUAAUGAGGAGAUUUCUACCCUGAUGAUGGUUUUAUCAGCACAGGAAUACAUUUCUGUGUAAGGUGCCCUGGUAAAGCUCUAAUUUUCUCCCAAUAGCCCAAGAAAGCUCAUUCAUUGUGCUGAAUAAAUUGUUGCAUCUAUUAUAUUUUUACCUGAAUUUGAAGAUGUUAACAUAAAUUACACAGAAAUUGUUCAUAAUAUUCAUGUGUCACUCAUGAGCUAAAUCCACAAAUUUAAUCUUUUUCAAACAAAUGAGAUUUUAAAAUGCCAGUGCUGCAUUUAUGAUUGAUCAUGUUCAUAGCUGCUACCGGAAACUUUUGGCCAAAAUACCACAUGCAGAAUCAUUAAAAAAAAAUUUUUUUUUUAUCAGAAUACAACUUAUAUGCUGUAAAAAAUAAAACACAUAAUGGGUGAAAGAAAAAGAGGUAGCCAUGUUGCCAUUUUCAAUGACUUAGGUUAUUGUACCAUUAUUUUUGACUAGGAAAAGGACAUGAAGUAGGAAAAGGAAAAAAAGUUGUCUCUUGCUUUGACAUGAUUUUGUUUCUAAGUGGUUUAAUUAGUUGGGGUGAUGCAUUGGCUUGGAAACUUUGCUCAGUAUCGUAUGUUACAAUUGUCUGAGGACAUCAGAGCAUCUUUGCAGAUUUAGUAAUGGCACAGUCAUGUUUUGUCUUUGGCUGCAGUCUCAUUUGACCCAGUUCUUGCACCACAAGAGGGUUGGAUAAUUUGCAUCUUCAACAUGUUGGAAUAACCAGGGGGCAACAGUUAUGCAUGGAACCACGGAGGAUAAAGUUGUGCCCUUGAUAUUAACAAUGUGCCUUUUGUUCUAAACAAUGCCAUGUGAUGGAGCAUGCAACUUUGUCUCUUUAACCCUCUGAAUACUGUACUAUGUAGUAUGAUUGAAAUCUAUUUUUUAAAAUACUAUAGUUCUCUUUAACAUGCCUCUAUGAGCAUAGUUCACCAGGAACCUCCUCUAGGAACACUUUUAUAAAUUAAUGAUUGUUUUAGAAGACCACUUGAGUUUUUUCUUGGAUAACUCCCCAGCAUAUAAAUUGGGCACAAACUGGAAAGGUUUCUGGUUGAUCUUGCCUGCUAUUUUCAAGGCCCUAACAUAGACUACAAAGCAAUCAUACUAUUUAGUAGGGAACAGAAUUCUCUGCUGCAAGAAUUUUCAUACUCCUUCAGGGGUUAAAGAUGGUAUUUCACAGUACUUAGCUGAAAUCAUAAGAUCUGAUUUUUUUUAAAAGAACAAUUUUGUGGUGGCUGUUACAACAGUACUAGACAGAAUCAACUGUAUUUGUAUAAAGGGAAAAAAUUACCUCAAACUGUUUAAUUUUAUAGUGAGAAUUAAUCCCAGGGCAUUUGGUAUAAACCAAAGUGCAUUCCUUUUCUAUGUAUCUGGCUUCAAUAAAUGUGGCCAGGGAUUUUUACAACUUGGGUGCAAGGCAUUUAAUGCAACUUUUACCUUGUGGUUAGUCAGGGAGUCAGAAAGGACUCCUGAAGAAUGUUUUUUUAACUAUUAUUUUUUAAAAGCACUUCAUGGCUACUGCCAAGCAGUCUCUGUUGAUUAGACUGAGUCUUGGGUGAAACCAGAGGCAGGUGCCAUGGAAAUACAUGGGGAUUGGACAGCGACAUUGCUCAAGGAAUUAUGUCCAUUCAAGUAGCAACAAACUGGAUUAUUAGACUCUUUAGACACAUGUCAGAGUGUCUAACUAUUUUUCCUAAGGGUUUUUUUUUUCAAACAGAAGUAGCUGUUAAACAUUAUGUUAGAAAAAAGGAGUUAUGAUGACAAAAUUGAGCAUUAUUGACCUGAUAAGCUAAGAGUAACAUUUUAAAAAAUUAUUUGUGAAUGGUAUUGUUUCUAGGGAUAUCUACAUCUGUACCACAAAAUAAUAUGAAAAAGAUGUAUUCACUCAGCUCAGUAGCUGCUUUUUUUCCACUUUCUUUAAAAUGAGCAACAAUUUAGACAUGUGACUGUAAUAUGCUGCAACUCUUGUGUACUGAAAACAUGUGAAAAAUGAUUGAAUCUGUAUUGUGUAUAUAUGUACGUAAAAUUUUUAUGUGAGAUGCUGCUGCUGUCACAGCCACUUCACAUUAAAUAUGUUGUAGGAGUUUUUUUUUAUUCAAAUUCUUGUGGCCAGUUUUAUGAUACUUCUGUAUUGUAUAGCUGAUGACAGGAGUUAAGACUGUUUUAGUGAAUAUUUGUUACAUUCAUUGUUGUGGCCAGAGAUCAUUUCAGAAUAAAAUUUUAUGUCCUAUGUAA